AUGGACGAUGACGAACACGGUCCUCGAUGUUUCUCUUUCCGUCGUAGACGAUGGGGAUGGAUCGUUACCAUACCAACAUUUCUGAUCCAGCUCUUGGGAGUUGGUCUUCUCUAUUCUUUCGGGGUCGUUACUAUAGCCAUGCAGGAAGAGUUUGAAGUAGGAGUAACAACCGCAGGUUGGAUUCCCACCAUCGCAACAGGACUCAACCUCAUCGGGGGUGUGUUGACCGCUGAGAUUGUGAAGAAGACUAGUCAUCGCCUGGUGGCCGUCUUGGGCAUCUCUUUCUGCUUCUGUGCCUGCCUCAUCACGUCGUUCAUGCCGAGGUUUUUCCCGAUAAUCUUUACCUUCGGGAUUACGUACGGGAUUGGUUUGGCCUUGUCCACUAUUACAGGAAUGAUCACCAUAGUUGAAUGGUUCCCAAAAACCUCUUGUGCGAGAGCACUUGCAUUUGCAGUGGCUGGGACCUCCACAGGUAUGCUGGUGCUGAACCCGGUCAUGUACAAGCUGGUGUCAGGAGUGGGAUGGCGUAACGCUUUAAGAAUCAUGGGCUCAGUUCUCCUUCUCGUUGGCUAUGCAGCGAGUGCCACUUUCUCCAAACCCGUCAGGAAGUCUGGUACACCGACAUCAGCUGAUGAUAAACCAUCCGGGAUGGACUCGAUUGAGACGACAGUAUCUUUCCUCGGAACGGCUGAAGGAGCUAUUGAAAGUCCGAUUUGCGAUGGGACAACAAAGUCAUCCAGUCUAUCUGAUGUAGCGGACCGUUCAAGGAACUCUUAUGACCUAUUGCUAUUUCCUGAAUUUUGGAUGAUGUUCUUUGGCAUGAUCAUCUCGGCAAUGUCCACCACUCUCUUCUUUUUUUAUUGGGUUAAGCUGAUACUGACAUUAGGGUUCCGCGAAUCGACAGCUGCGCUUGCCAUGACAGCUCUUGGAGCAUCGGACCUGGUAGGAAAACUUCUCGUUUCAGGAUUCGCAGAUUACCUCCCAUUCCCGAAGCUCUUUCUGUUCCACAUCGCCUCCGUUAGUGGAAUCGGACUGAUGUUUGCUGUGCUAAACAUUAAAACUGUUGUAGCCGUUUUCAUCACUUCUGUCGCAAUUGGUGUAUUUGUCCUCUCUCUCAUCAAUUCCUCACCGUACAUCGUGUCGGCUCAAGUCUUCCCCGGACGUGGCGCCACGCCCAUGACGACGUCCCUCAUCGCCCCUGGAAUUGGGACCAUUCUGGGAACUGUUUACGGCACCAGUGUGGACCAAACAGGCUCUUUUGAUGGAACGCUCUACGGCUGUAUGGGAGCAUAUGCACUUGCAAUACUCCUUUUCUCCUCUGUACCUCUGUACCAGAAGUUAUUUGCUUCAGAGAGGUACGUCAUGUGGGAUGAUGUGUACAGAUACAGAGGUGACAACGGUAGCCGUGGAAGCAUACAAAGAAAGAAGGACUUGCACUGAACAUCUUUUUUUAAAUGGGAAUGGAAAUGAUAAUAGACUGAAAAUAGGUGCACUUUGAAAUCUCACAGCGAGGUGUGAGAAGUAUUUCGAGAUGAACUGGAGGAUACUGUGAUUAUCAGCAACAGCAGCAGGAGUACCGACAUCACCACAAUCAUCAUCUGCAUCAACCUCACCACCACCACCAUCAUCUGCAUCAACCUUACCACCACAAUCAUCAUC